UGGAGUAGGCUGCUGCGAAUUGGCCUCCCAUAACAGGUCCAGGGCUUGGAGCAGGAGCAGAAAAAGAAGGAUGGAAGCUGACCAAUGCAGAUUCCUGUUUCUAUUAUUUCUUUUCAUGUGCCAACCAUCUCCAGAAGUUGCUGCAGAAGUUCAGGAAUCCUCAGAUGAUCCUGGUGCUUCCCGGGAAACUGUGCAGCUCACAGAUGUCCCAGCUACCAUGGAAUUCAUUGCUGCUGCUGAGGUGGCUGUCAUAGGUUUCUUCCAGGAUUUAGAAAUCCCAGCAGUGUCCCUAUUCCACAGUAUGGUGCAAAAAUUCCAAGCCGUGUCAUUUGGAAUCAGCACGGAUUCUGAGGUUCUGGCCCACUACAACAUCACUGGGAACACCAUUUCCCUCUUCCGCCUGGUGGAUAACGAACAAUUGGACUUAGAGAGCAAAGACAUUGAAAGCAUUGAUGCCACCAAAUUAAGCCGCUUCAUUGAGAUCAACAGCCUCCACUUGGUGACAGAGUACAACCCUGCGACUGCGAUUGGCCUAUUUAAUAGCAUGAUUCAGAUUCAUCUUCUACUGAUGAUGAACAAGGCCUCCCCAGAGUAUGAGGAAAGCAUGCACAGAUACCAAAAUGCUGCCAAGAUCUUCCAGGGGAAGAUUCUUUUUAUUCUGGUGGACAGUGGUGUGAAGGCCAAUGGGAAGGUGAUCUCAUUUUUCAAACUAAAGGAGUCUCAACUGCCCGCUUUGGCAAUUUACCGGACUCUAGAUGAGGAGUGGGAUACACUACUCAGAGUGGAAGUUUCAGUGGAGAAUGUGCAGAACUUUUGUGAUGGAUUCCUGGGAAGGAAACGGCUGAGAGAAAAUCAUGAAUCAGAAGAAAAGACUCCAAAGGUGGAACUCUGAGCUCUCCCUGAUACUCCCGCAUACUACUAAGAAUUUACACGAUAUAACAAAAGGGCAACUCAAACUUCAGAGAUGCUAACCAACAGGAUGAACAGGCCUUAAACACACACACACACACACACACCCCUCCAUUUUGUUCCUUAAAAUCUCAUUUACUCUCCUUAUUCUUUCUUUUAAAUUGUCUACACUCUCUCACUACCCAUCCUAUCUUCUUCUACGCAUUCAUACUGUGUAGUCUCAUACACAGCAACACACAUCACUGAAUGGAGCCUUUAAGAGAAAUAUUGUGAUAUUUCUUUGAAGGAGAGGCAUUCCUGGAGGGAGGAUAUUCUGAUUUGUCAUUUAAUAUUGAAUCUUUGGGGCGCCUGGGUG